AUGGUUCGAGUGGCUUUCACUGGUACAGUGAGACUAACUGGUGUUGCGAUUCGCCCAGAGGCUGCUCUUCCUAGACCUUGUGGGCAGGAGACGCGAGAAGACCAUGCGGGAUCGACGAGGCGUAUGACCGUUGCAUCGGAGCGGAUUGGUGGUAGCACUGCAGAGAGUUUGUGCGAUACCAGGGCUGUUGAACUUGAGCCAUUUGCAGUGCUCAGAAUCGUCAAGAGAUAG